UUGCUGGAGCCGCCAUUUUGAAUUCCGCGGUAACGGUGGCGGCAGUAAGGCGCCGCGUCUGGGGAGUGGCUCUCUCCUCCCCCUCCCCUCAGGCUCGGUGGCGGCGACUCCUCCCACUGGGGGUGGGGGUGGUGCGGUGGCGGUGUCAUCUACGACCAUGGCGGCGACUGCUGCUAACCCUGAGAUGGCAUCAGAUGUACCGUCACUGGGUGCAACCAUUGCCUCUGGAAACCCUGGACCUGGAAUUCAAGGUGGAGGAACCAUCGUCCAGAGGGCUAUUAAGCGGCGACCAGGAUUUUGAUGAUGAUGGAGAAGGGAACAGUAAAUUUUUAAGGUGUGAUGAUGAUCAGAUGUCUAAUGAUAAAGAGCGGUUUGCAAGGUCGGAUGAUGAGCAGAGUUCUGCGGAUAAAGAGAGACUCGCCAGGGAAAAUCAUAGUGAAAUUGAACGGCGGCGACGAAACAAGAUGACAGCCUACAUCACAGAACUUUCAGACAUGGUACCCACCUGUAGUGCCCUGGCUCGAAAACCAGACAAGCUAACCAUCUUACGCAUGGCGGUUUCUCACAUGAAGUCCUUGCGGGGAACUGGCAACACAUCCACUGAUGGCACCUACAAGCCCUCUUUCCUCACUGAUCAGGAAUUGAAACACUUGAUCUUGGAGGCAGCAGAUGGCUUUUUGUUUAUUGUUUCAUGUGAGACAGGCCGGGUGGUAUAUGUCUCUGACUCCGUGACCCCUGUAUUGAACCAGCCGCAGUCUGAAUGGUUUGGCAGCACGCUUUAUGAUCAGGUGCACCCAGAUGAUGUGGACAAACUUCGUGAGCAGCUUUCAACUUCUGAAAACGCCCUGACAGGACGUAUCCUGGAUCUGAAGACUGGAACAGUGAAAAAGGAAGGCCAGCAGUCUUCCAUGAGGAUGUGUAUGGGCUCAAGGAGAUCAUUUAUUUGUCGUAUGAGGUGUGGUAAUAGCUCUGUGGAUGCAGUCUCCAUGAAUAGACUGAGCUUUGUGAGGAACAGAUGCAGGAAUGGACUUGGCUCUGUGAAGGAUGGAGAACCUCACUUUGUGGUGGUCCACUGCACGGGCUACAUCAAGGCCUGGCCUCCAGCAGGUGUCUCCCUCCCAGAUGAUGAUCCAGAGGCUGGCCAGGGGAGCAAGUUUUGCUUAGUGGCCAUUGGCAGACUACAGGUAACCAGUUCUCCCAGUUGUGCAGACAUGAAUAACAUUUGUCAACCAACAGAGUUCAUCUCUCGACACAACAUUGAGGGAAUCUUCACUUUCGUGGAUCACCGCUGUGUGGCUACUGUUGGCUACCAGCCCCAGGAGCUCUUAGGAAAGAAUAUUGUGGAAUUCUGCCAUCCUGAAGAUCAGCAGCUUCUAAGAGAUAGCUUCCAACAGGUGGUGAAGUUAAAAGGCCAGGUGCUGUCUGUCAUGUUUCGGUUCCGGUCUAAGAACCGAGAAUGGCUCUGGAUGAGAACCAGCUCCUUUACUUUCCAGAACCCUUACUCAGAUGAAAUUGAGUACAUCAUCUGUACCAACACCAGUGUGAAGAACUCUAGUCAGGAACCGCGGCCUACACUGUCCAACACAAUCCAGAGGCCACAGCUAGGUUCCAUAGCUAAUGUACCCCUGGAGAUGGGCUCAGGGCAGCUGGUACCCAGACAGCAGCAACAGCAAACAGAAUUGGAUGUGGUACCAGGAAGAGAAGGGCUGACCAGUUACAAUCAUUCCCAGGUCUCUGUUCAGCCUGUGACUACCACAGGGCCAGAACAUAGCAAGCCCCUCGAGAAGUCAGAUGGUCUGUUUGCCCAGGAUAGAGAUCCAAGAUUUUCAGAAAUCUACUCCAACAUCAAUGCAGAUCAGAGUAAAGGCAUCUCCUCCAGCACUGUCACUGCCACCCAACAGCUAUUCUCCCAGGGCAACACAUUCCCUCCUAACCCCCGGUCGGCAGAGAAUUUCAGGAAUAAUGGCCUGGCCCCUCCUGUUACCAUUGUCCAGCCAUCAGCUUCUGCAGGGCACAUCUUGGCCCAGAUUUCCCGCCACUCCAACUCGACCCAGGGAGCAGCCCCAACUUGGACUCCUAGCACACGUCCAGGCUUCUCUGCUCAGCAGGUGGCUUCCCAGGCUACAGCCAAGACUCGUUCUCCCCAGUUUGGUGUGGGCAACUUUCAGACUCCAUCAUCCUUCAGUCCCAUGCCCCUCCCCGGUGCUCCUACUGCAUCAUCUGGUGCUGCUGCCUACCCUAGUCUCACCAACCGUGGGCCCAACUUUGUUCCCGAAACUGGACAGAGUGCAGGACAGUUCCAGACACGGACAGCAGAGGGUGUGAGUGUCUGGCCGCAGUGGCAGGGCCAACAGCCUCAUCAUCGUUCGAGUUCUAGUGAGCAACAUGUUCAACAGCCAUCAGGACCACAACCUGGCCAGCCUGAGGUGUUUCAGGAGAUGCUGUCCAUGCUGGGAGACCAGAACAACAGCUACAACAAUGAAGAAUUUCCUGACUUAACUAUGUUUCCCCCUUUUUCAGAAUAGAACUAUUGGGGUGAGGAUAAGGGGGUGGGGGAGAAAGAUCACCAUUUGUUUUUAAAAAGCAAAUUUUUCUGUAAACAGAAUAAAAGUUCCUCUCCCUUCUUUUCCCUCACCCCUAAUAUGUACCCCCUUUCCCUUCUGGCCUUUCCCCUGCCCUCCAGCCUCUCCAAGAUAACAUUUAUAGAAGCAAUGGAAUGAAUCCCCAAAGCUUUUGGGACUCUGAAAAAUUGAAGCUGGAUGAGGUAUUCAGAAUGCCUUUCCUUAUGUCUCCUAACCGGAAUUUUGUGCAGAGAUGAUUUGUGCUAAUCAUGGAGCAAGUUGGUAGAACCUAAUAUCCACUAUUUGCCUUGGAUGCUAUGGCUUGCUUUUGGAAGGAAAUUCUGAAUAGGGCAGAGGGAGUAAAAAUGUCCUCAUAUUUGAAAGAUGGUAGGUAUAUAUGGGGUUUUAGGAAGUGAGCAUAGGCUCUUUCUGCUGCCUGUGAGCAAUUUCUCUGGAAAGAAAUUUGUGUGAGUGAGUGAGUGAGUGAGUUAGUGAGAGAGAGAGAGAGAGAGAAUUCUUCUUUCUCCCUAUUAGGGAGUUAUGCAAAAUUUGUCCCAGAUUUUAUCUCUUUCUUUGUGUUUUUCAGAGAGUCCUAAGGAGUUAAAUCUUCCAGGUAUUUUCCGCUUAGUAUUGCAGCCAAAGAGUAUUUAAAUAAAUGACUUUGCUGCACUUAUUUCAAUGCCCAGCCAAUAUACAACCGUGAGCAAAUGUCUUCUGAAGUCUUUUGUUGAUAUAGUUCGUCUCUCAUUGAACAUAUUUAGUAUUAAGGCUGGGUCAUUCCUGCUUUUGGUGCUUCACCUUAUAUGGAAAUUUCAAAGAAAUAGGCUGGCGAGAUAAACUCUGAUACCCCAGACUUGGCCAUAAGGGUAAUGCUGCAUUUUUCUGUCAAAAUCACAUAUGUUGUGUGUUCUGUAGAAGUUAUUUCUGCAUGGAAACUCAACUUCUUGGAUUAGCAGUCCCAGUGAAAAUCCUCUGUGCUAGGUGUAAACCAAAUACAAAGCCCUCUUGCAAAGUAGCCUCUUUCAGCCCAUCCUCAAGUGUCCAGUCUGGCAAGAAACCAAGAUUUAGGUCUUUCCUGCACCUAUAGCUCUUUCCCUGUUUGCUCCCCCUCCAAUCCUGAGAUUGGGAGUUGCUUUAGAGUGCAGGUUUAAUGAUUCCAUGUGAUAGAUGGGGCCUGGACACCCACCUCAACAGGGUCACUUACUAAUUAACUAUAGCCAUAUAAAUUCAGAUGCAGGUCACUACUCUCACCCUUUAUCUUCCUCAGGUAAUGUCAUGUGUAUCAUUCUUUUUUUUUUUUUUUUUAAUUGGCUCUGGCCAGGAUUUAAGUGCAAGACUGAAAUAAUAGAGGACAUAUUAAAUGUAGCCAUAGGGGACUGAGGAACACAGAUGGCCUUGGAGAGGCUGAGGGAAUGUCAUUUACUGGGUUUCCCUCCCUGUUGUCUCCAGUAUGGUGCAAGUAGCAGAGGGGAAAAGGAGACAGUUUAUUUUUUUAUUCUAUAUGCACACAUACAAUAUACAUAUAUAUUUAUAUCACAAUUUAAGAAACCAAAAAGUUGAGUUUCCAAUGGAAUCCUUGUUUUUUAAUAAUCGACUGUUUUUAAAUGUGAUCAGGACUUUAAUAUUGUACAGUUAUUAUAGGACUUUUGGGGAAGGGUAGGGUAGGGAGAAGAUGCUCUGUGGGUUUUGUUUCUGCUUUUCCUUCAGGGUUUUAUUUUUGAUUGUUUUGUUUUUUUCUUGUUGGCCAUUUUUGUACUGCUGGCAUAUGUGCUGAGCCUUACAGUGGCAAAAUAAUGACAUGUAGCAAAGAUUUUAAAACAAAAUAUUCUUUCCUUUUGUAAAA